CGUUCUUUCGCUUUCAUAACGUCAGUUUCAAUUCAAUACCUCAACAGGAAACAAAACGACGUCUUGGUAAUAACUUUGCUCCGUCAGCUACCAUACAAGUUCAACAUAUGAAAAAUUCGUAAAUUCAAAUUUAUCCAUCAUCCAUCUCUCUGAUUUGACUACUGUACUAGGACAGUGUUCAAAGAUAAUUUUGUGUUAUCUAUUUAUUUUGUUACCACUUGGAUUUGAUUUUGUAGAAUGGCAUUCCCUACUUUGGACUCGUUCAAUGAGACUGACAAAUUGAAACUAACUGUUUUGUGUGAUGUGCGGAAGAUAUGCCAAGAGGUUGGAAGCGGCCUUACGACUAAAGUUUCUUUUAACAAACAAUCAUUUGAAUUAAUUGCCGAGAUGGUUUGGCACAAAAUACAGGACUAUGGGUCUGAUCUCGAGCAUUUUGCACGCCAUGCCAAACGUACCACAGUAAAUGGAGAUGACGUUAAACUACUGGUUCGCAAAAAUGAAAGCUUAAGGGAGCGAAUAUUAAAGAUGACUGAGGAUUUAAGUUCUGCCUCUUCAUCCAAGAAGAGGAAGAAAGACAGGGACUCCGAUGCUGGGUCAGAUGUAGGCCAGCUUGAAGAUAAUCCAAUUGGGAAUUUCGAUAUUGAUGAUAUUCUAGAUGAUUGACUGGAUUUUAAUGCUUUGGGUGCAGGUAUCUUCACUGCUUCUCGCGGGCAGGAAUUGACAUUGACACAUCACAAAAUUGAGAUGUGUGCACCUUGGGCAACAAUCUUCUGCUGAGAACCAAAUUCGAAUAACUUCUCGGUCAUACCCAAGUUGAUGAGCAAGUGCUGUGAUUUCCGUACCUGAAAUGAAAAUGGAAAUGGUAACUCCUGUAGUGUACAUACGACAUGUCUAUUAUCUUUUAACUGAAGUUCUAUGGU